UUCGAUCAGUGUUGCCCGCGGCGUUGAGACGUACGCACGUCCGUCACGCGUAGCGUUCCCCUGACAAAUUCCACGAUUUGUUUACCAUUUCAGCACGUGUUUUUGUGUCUCGGAUCGUUGAGGACUAUUGUGUUUAAAAUUGUUUAUAACAAAUAACUAAACUGUGUUGUUAUAGGUUGUGGUUCUUUGUAUUGAACAAAUAAUUAUUAUUUUGUAAAAAAAACGUUUGUUAUCUGUUACGACAUAUUGAAAAAUAAUGUAAUUACUUUUAGUGCUACUCAAAAUGGUUUUUAGAUACAAAUGUGCUUGGAUUUUGGAUAUGAAACACUUUCCGUGGUUGGUUAUCGUUCUGGCGGCCGGGAUACAAUGCUACGUUGAGACUGAAGAGUUUAUAAGCGAUCUUGACAAGCCAAUACCUACUGCACAUGCGCAGGGCGUGCUGGGUAAGAAAGCAGCUCUUCCCUGCGAUAUCCAGCCGCUGGCCGCGGAAGACCACGUCUCAAUGGUCUUGUGGUUCAAGGAGACUGAUGGAGAACCUUUAUACAGUUACGACGUGCGCGGCCGUCUCACGUCGCAGCCUAAGCUGUGGUCUUCCCCGGGAGGGUUCGGAUCCCGGGCGUACUUCAGGGCCGCUGCUACACCAGCAGUGCUAUUCGUGGACAGCGUGCUAUCUACUGAUGCUGGUGUCUAUCGCUGCAGGGUUGACUUCAAAAACUCGCCCACAAGAAAUUUAAGGGUCAACUUUACUGUUAUCACUCCACCAAAUCGUCCCAGUAUAAUGGACGCGAAGACCAGAAGCCACACCCGUCUUCUGGAGCCGUAUAAUGAGGGAGACACUCUUGAGCUCGUCUGCGAGACUUAUGGAGGUGAUCCUCGACCUCGUCUCACGUGGUACUUGGAGAAUACAGUAAUCGACGAUUCGUUCGAGCAGAAAGCUGAUGGGAUCACAGUCAACACCCUCACCUUUCCCAACGUGGGUCGACAGCAUCUGAACGCGAGGCUGGUCUGCCAAGCGUCCAACACCAACUUAGCACCGCCGGAGACCAAACUGGUUAUAUUGGAUAUAAACUUAAGGCCACUGAGCACGCAGAUACUGAACAAGCGGUCGCAACUCUCGGCAGACAGGACCUACGAGGUGGAAUGCAAGACCACAGGGUCCCGACCUGAAGCCACCCUUACCUGGUGGAAAGGAGGCAGGCAGAUGAAGAAGAGUGCUGCCAAAAAUUUCUCCGAGAACAACGCCACAACGAGCGUGUUGACGCUGGUGCCAGUGGCGGAAGACCAUGAGACGGAUCUGGUCUGCCGCGCCGAAAACCCCAGCGUGGUCCCCCGAUAUUGGUGUAUAUCGGAAAUAGGCUGGUUAGACUGGAAUGUUCCGGUAGUGACGUUGAAACUUGGUUCGACGUUGAACCCCGGCCACAUUAAAGAAGGGGAGGACGUGUACUUCGAGUGCAGUGUGAAGGCAAACCCAAAGAAGCAUAAACUGACCUGGUAUAAGGGGGAUAAAGAGAUCUUGCAUAACGCAGUAGCAGGAGUCAUUGUCAGCGACCAAAGCCUCGUCCUGCAGCGAGUCGCCAGGGCUGAUGCUGGAGACUACAGCUGCCUCGCUUCCAAUACAGAAGGCAGUGCCACCAGUAAUCCAGUGUCACUUCAAAUCAGGUACGCGCCUCUCUGCAAGACGACCAAUGAGGGCGAGGUGUUCGGAGCCCUUAAGCAGGAGACAGUGACGUUGAACUGCGCCGUGGACUCAAACCCGGCGCCCACCAGCUUCAGCUGGAUCUUCAACAGCUCAGGGGAGCAGACCGAGCUACCACCCAACUCGUACACAUACUCUGGAUUUUCGUCGACGCUACGCUACACUCCUUCAUCAGACAUGGACUUCGGCACGAUCCUGUGCCUGGCUUCCAACGCAGUCGGGACGCAAAAACAGCCGUGCGUCUACAAACUUAUUGCAGCAGGUCAUCCCAUGGCAUUGCAGAACUGUUCAGUAGUCAAUCAGAGCUCGGACAGUUUGCAGGUGGAAUGCAUGGAAGGCUUCGAUGGAGGUCUUCCUCAAGUCUUUUAUAUGGAGGUCUUGGAGCUACCUUCUUUGAUGGUACGCGCCAACAUCAGCUCAAACCACACCCCGACCUUCGAAGUCCAUGGACUGGACGGCAGAGCGAGCUACACACUGGUGUUAUACGCAGCCAACGCCAAGGGUCGAAGCGAGGAAGUGACUCUCUACACCAUAGCUAUUAGGCGCCCUGAUAAAUAUACUGGUGUCAGCACAGCCAUUCCUCUGUCGCCGAUGCUGGUAGCGCUGCUGGCAGUGGCGGCGCUGCUUUGCACCGGCGUGUGCGGCGUCAUCACCGCCUUGUACAAGAGACACGCUGCCAGAAGACACGACAUGGACAAGCACCCACCUUCCACGAAUGCUCUAUACAUAGAGCAGAGCGUGGAGUCGCUGUCGAAGGCGGACAACCUGAACACGUACUGCGCCUCACCCAAGCUGGACUACUGCAGCCAGUACGAGCUGAAGGACGCCGGGGCCGAAGACGCCGACCCUGACCUCAUACCUUGUCAUUACGACAAACAUCCAAAGCCGCUGAAUGAUUAUACCAAGCUGCCUACUCUGGGGCUGAGCUGCGAGCCUCACAGCAUAUACAGCGAUCGCAUCAGCAGCUUACCAGCUAGUGCUGUACGCGCCAACAUCAGCUCAAACCACACCCCGACCUUCGAAGUCCAUGGACUGGACGGCAGAGCGAGCUACACACUGGUGUUAUACGCAGCCAACGCCAAGGGUCGAAGCGAGGAAGUGACUCUCUACACCAUAGCUAUUAGGCGCCCUGAUAAAUAUACUGGUGUCAGCACAGCCAUUCCUCUGUCGCCGAUGCUGGUAGCGCUGCUGGCAGUGGCGGCGCUGCUUUGCACCGGCGUGUGCGGCGUCAUCACCGCCUUGUACAAGAGACACGCUGCCAGAAGACACGACAUGGACAAGCACCCACCUUCCACGAAUGCUCUAUACAUAGAGCAGAGCGUGGAGUCGCUGUCGAAGGCGGACAACCUGAACACGUACUGCGCCUCACCCAAGCUGGACUACUGCAGCCAGUACGAGCUGAAGGACGCCGGGGCCGAAGACGCCGACCCUGACCUCAUACCUUGUCAUUACGACAAACAUCCAAAGCCGCUGAAUGAUUAUACCAAGCUGCCUACUCUGGGGCUGAGCUGCGAGCCUCACAGCAUAUACAGCGAUCGCAUCAGCAGCUUACCAGCUAGUGCUUCCUCAAUGAGUAUAACAGUUGUGAACCGCGGUGUGACUGCGCGCAGUACAGACAUCGCGUCCAGCGGAGCCAGGCUGGACCCCAUCACGACGUCUCGGAAGGUCAGGGAGAGCUGUAUAUAAAUACAUACAUGGGUGGUGGUCACUUGUUUAUACUUGAUUGUGGUGUGAUGCGGUUUAGAUUUUUUACAAGGUGAUUUAGAUUGCGUUAUUAGUACCAAAGGAAAUAAUGUUGCACUAUGUUAAUGUUCAUUAGAUACCGCCAUUACGAUUUUUUUAUGUGAUUUAAUAUCUAUUAUUAAAUAAUGAACACAUGCAAUUGUGUUCUUGAAUAUUUAUUUUGUAUUUCAUAAGUAAGUUAUUUGUUCUUCUAUAUCUAAACAAAUGCGUGUCUUUGAAAGGCACGUUUUUGCAAAUAAAAUGUAUUUAGUUGCAUCUGAUUUACGUUACAAUUUUGAUUUUGAUAAGUACAUGUACAAUCAAUUAAGAAAUUAUUUUUACUUACAUAAAUCAAUUGCAUAAACGCACAUGUCCAAUGAAGCUCAGUCUCCCCCGCAUAUGCUGCCCACCACCUCAAUAUUAGAAUUAAGUAAAAAACAUGGUUGUAAAAAUUACAAAUUGUUGCUAAGGUUAAAAUUAAGCGAAAUAUAGAGGUUGGUAAGCCUUGUUACGACUCUUCUGUCACUGGAAAUGUUUUUUAAUGUUUGGGCAAAGGAUUACCUUUGGAAAUCCUACGAUGUGUGGAUUGUAAAGGGAAUUUGGGACCGUUUUCCUUUGUUUUUGGAGGUUUUGGCUUUGUUUAACACGGAUGUACGGAUUUCCACUGCAUACCCCCAGUUCGCAAUCCUCUUUCUAUGAAAGGUUUUUGAGUGGACGUCCGCACUAUCUUUAUGCUGGUACAGCAAAAUACCACACUGGGGUGCAUUGUAAAUACAGUGCAGUUCAGAUAUAGCAUUGAUCAAAGGAAUAAGCGGCGAUAGCAUAGUUGGGUGUGGAACGGACUGCCGAGACGUAUGUUCGCAGGUUCAACUCCUAUGA